AAUAUGGCGGAAGGUGGCGAAGGCGGAAGUUGGUGGGGCGGCUGGGUACAGACCGCCAAAGACAAGUCAAAUGAAGCCUGGAAUUUUAUGAAAAAGGAUUUAGUUGAGUUUGGUAGUGUAGUACAGAAAGACACAUCAGCUGUUGUAGCUACCACAGCAUGUACACUUAAAGACAAACUCAAGGUAGAAGAAUCAACAGGAAGUAAAAUGAGAUCGGGAUUUACUAAUUUCCUGAUGGGGAUAUCUGAGACCUUAGCUCCAAAAAAUUAUGGGAUGGAAGAAGAUGAUGAUGUACCACAAAGAGUGAUCUUUGAUAGAGCUAAGGCCCGUCUACAGGAUACCCAGACUGAUCCUGGUACAUAUCUAACGGAACCUGAUGGUCCAGUGGAUGUAUAUGAAGAGUGGAAGGAGACUUUUCAUGUGGAUCAACAUAAAGGUGAUAUUUCGGAUCUGUUAGUUGCCAGUGAUGAAGUACGAUCCAUUUAUACAAAACUAGUAAAUGACACUUGGGAAGUAACUGAUGCUGUAGAAGAGACAGUGGGUGAUGUGGCUGAAAAACCCAAAAAACCUGAAUCACCUGACCAGUCACCUGACAAAAAGGAAAUAGAUACUGAGAAGCUGGAAACCAAAGAUGUUGUGAACCAGGAUGAGGUUACUAUAAAAACAAAAGAACACUUGGAAGAGAAUAUAGGCACAGAAACUAAGAAGGAGGAACAAAAUAAUGCGGCUUUCAAAAGUGAAAAGGACGAUACUGCCAAAAAAACUGAGGACUCUGUGGAGGAUACACAAACAGCGCAGGAAGCCAAGGAACAUAUUGAGGGUGGACAAGAGCCUGAUAAAACUGAACCUGAUAAAACCGAACCUGAUAAAACCGAGUUGCUCACAGGGGAGAAAGCCUUGGAGGUGAACAAAGACAAAGAAUCAACUACAUCCGAGGGGAGUAGUAUAGAAGAGCUGAGGUUUAGUGAUGAUAGUAGUAAAGAAAAGGAUGAAGCAGAUAAGACUGUGUUACCAGUACAGAAAGAUGGCAGUGGUAUGUCCUCUCCAGUGCAGUCUGAUAAUGGUGCUAGUAAGGACACCAGUAGUCUGAGUGAUGAUUGGGACAGAGACUUUGAUAUAGAAAUCACAGAGCAAGAUCUAAAACAUGUUGCUGCUUUAGCCACAACCACAGAAGGCAACGAAGAAGAUCUUGAUGACUGGGAAAGUUGGGAAUAAUUACAACCUGCUCAUCCCCACCAUAUAAUAGUUGUGUCCUUCCAACUGAAAUACCAUGACUGUAUUUAAUAUUCAGAAUAUACCAUUAUCAGAUCACGGGUGGUUAAGGUAUUCUGUUGAGGGUUAAUAUAUAAUAUAACUUAAUGUAUAAUAUAACUUUCUAUAAGGGGAAAGCUUAAAUAAUUAUUAUUAUUGGCAUUCAAUAUUUUAUUCUUGCUUAUAUUUUAAUUUUUAGAAACAAAAAAUAAGCUAUUUACAAAGAUUUGUUGAAAGAGAAAUCUUCCAGGAGUAUCGCUAUUGGACAAAGUUGCAUGCAUUAUUGUAAAUGUUGCCAUGGUAAUAUUUUGAUCAUGUUAUUAACUCUAAUUAUGAAUACCUGUCCAAGUUUUUUUUCCUCUCACCUGAUGUGUGGUUAUGGCCAAUAGUAAAAUGUGUACUCUAUAAAAGUGCGCCCUCUGUGGUGAAAAUGACAUCUGGUGUCUUAAUUCUUUAAGCGGCAAUGUCUUUUGUCAUCUGUCACAAAUAUAAAACCUGCCUCAUUGUUGUAACUUUUUUUUCAAAAAAUAUAAUUGACUUCUAGGCGAUAAAUUAUGUCCAUUUGGGUCAAAAAUUAAGAAAUUAUAUAAAAAUAUUGUAUCUUAAGUUUGGCGAAAAAGUAUGGUAUUCUAAGAAUUAAAAAUGUAAUAUAGAUAGGUCACUGUAUUAUAAUUUCUCAUUAACAUUCAGAGAAUUACAUGCAAGUUUCAUUAUUAAAAGUUACAGUCAUUAUUAUUAUUCUAAGAAAAAUUAAAUAUAAACACAACAUGUUUAAAGUGGGCAACCUCAUAAGUUCUUGGUGAACUCAGGAGGUCCUGGGUGACCUUGGAAGUUUCUGGGUGACCUCGGAAGAUACUGGGUGACCUUCAAAGCAACCAAACGACCUCGGAAGUCACUGGGGGACGUUGACAGCCUCUGGGAGACCUUGGAAUUUUCUGGGUCCUUGGGAGUUUCUGGAUGGUCCUGGGUGACCUCUGGGUUUUCUGGGUGACCUCUGGGUUUUCUGGAUGACCUCAGGGUUUUCUGGAUGACCUCGAGAAUUUUUGGGUGACCUCGAAAGUUUCUGGGUGACCUCAGAAUUUGCCUAUCAUGUCCAGCAUAUGGUUAGUAAAAUAUAAGAUAUAUUCUCAUUGUUUGGGAAAAGGUUUGAAAUUGUAAAUAAAAUGUUUGUGUAAUGCAGCUUACUUGAAUCUAUUUAUUCCACUUGUUCGGGGGAUUUUGAAAUACUCCUAGUUUGUGAUAAAGAAUAGUCUUGAUUCACUGCUACAUGAAUAGAGCUUGAUAGAUCUCACUGACCUAGUAGUUAGAACAACACAAAAACAAAAUCCUGCACUGUGCAUUAACUUGAGUUAAGUUUAAUUAUUAUUUUAGCACAUACAUUUUAAAAAGAACUAGCUUGCAUAAGCAACAUCUUUCUCCGUCAUUAUUCAUUAUACCAUAUAUGAUCAUUCACUAAAUUUAAAUAUGAUAAUGAGCUAUAUUGGCCCAUCCAAUCACAAAUUCUGUUACAUAUUCAAAAGCUUAUCCAGUUCUAUGUGGCCAUUGUCAAGUCAUUAGGUGUACCUGAAAUAUUCAAUUAAAUAUUCACUAUAAAAUCUGUAUUAGAAGCCAUGGCUUCUAUUAAAAUGGUACAAUGCAACAGAGAGGUUCUCAAAAUGCGGCUUUCUUUAGGAAUGCAACUUCCAAUUACUGAUGCCGCUUCCUUGAGGCAUGUGACUUUUAAUUAUGGAUGCGGCUUCCUUUAGGGAUGGGUCUACUAAUUAUGGAUGCGGCUUCCUUUAGGGAUGCGACUUCUAAUUACAGAUGCGGCUUCCUUUAGGGAUGUGACUUCUAAUUAUGGAUGCGGCUUCCUUUAGGGAUGCGUCUACUAAUUACGGAUGCAGCUUCCUUUAGGAAUGCGACUUCUAAUACAGAUUUUAUGGAAAUAACCCUAGAGAGCAAAUAUCUCUUUAAAUAUAUUAACAAUGUAUUUGUAGACUGACAUAGCCUGCACAGAACAAAUAACUCUCACUCAAUUGCUUCAUAAAACAACUUUAAUGUUUUCUGGUGUUGGAAUAUAGUUAUUCAGACUAAUUGCUGUAAAUAUUGCAAUGAUUUCAGGGAGAAUACGAUGCUUUGAUUCCAUUAAUUCAUCUGCAAGGCUGACAUGUCAGAAUUGAGUGCCCUUAAUUAAGAUUUAUCCAGUUAGUUCAGUGAUGUAAUUGUAACAUGCUAAUGUGUGAACGUGAAGUAUACUUUUUAUUCUGCGUUUCAUGAACUUCGAAACAUUGUAAAUUGUUGUUUAAAGGGUGGUUCUCGCACAACAUAAGUUUUGAUAUGGGUCCCAUGCAACAUAUACGACAUGUGUAACAUACAUAUAUAUGUAUGACGUAUGCUCGUAUGACGACCACCACCCUUUUAACAUUAAAAAAUGUUUCCACAUUGACUGUUAUACCAAAGCGUUUCAAGCAUUAUUUCUUUCAAGGUAGCUGUAAUGACAUGGCUACUUCAAAUCAGAGUGUUGUGUGUAAUGGUGAACCACUUACACUUGCGGUUGUUUCGCAUUUUAAACGCAACUUAAACUUGGUAUUAAAGCAUUCUUAGAUAGUACUUUUAAAUUUCUUAUUAUUUUUGAUGAUUAUCCAACUCAAUUGAUAAAUAUGUGCUGGAAAUGUGUCCAGUUUCAAGAAUUUUCAGAACAUCCAUAUGUUAUGGCUUCCCAUUAGUAUUGAAGUGCAUAUAUUUAUGUUUUAAAAUUUGCUCAGAAGUAGAUGUGGAAUGAAACCAAGAAAAAACAUUCAAUGAUAUUUAAGUGUACAUUAAUAUAUAUUCAAUUUUGUUUUAUCAUGGAUUUAAAUGUAAAAUAAAUCUGACAUGUUAUCUAUAUUAUAUCAUCUUAAGUUUUAAGAAUGACCAUUGCUUCUUGAGUGCUUUUAAGUAUGUAAUUUAAUUUGUUUUAUGCGGUAGCUUUUGUAUGGUUUAUUUUUUUUAGAAAGUGGGAGGAUUCAUUUGCAGUGGAGACUUUCUCACAAUCUGCAUUUUUUCUGUAUCAGCACAAUGAAAGAAGUUAUCUAAUUUUUGAUGAGCCUUUCACAAAUUACUUCUCCACCGCUCUGUACCGUUUUAGUUCUACUUUUUACAGUAUUUCAUCCACUGCGUGCGUAUGAUAGUGAUCAAGGGAUAAUAAACAAUGUUAUUGA